AAUAUAAAGAGGGCUAUGAGGCGAAGCAGAGACAUCUCAAACUCAUCUGAGAGAGACUCACUGGGAACUCUUCUUUCUUCUUCAAUGACUAUGCUCCUAUAGUCACCCCCUCUCUCUUUUCAUAUCUCUCCCUUAACUCGUUGCUGUUGGCGGUGGUAUCAAAUCAAUAACUCGUAGACAUACAAAAUGGGCAUCAGUCUUGAAGAGAUUAAAAAUGAGACCGUUGAUCUGGAGAAGAUUCCGAUCGAGGAAGUGUUUGAGCAGUUGAAAUGUACUCGGGAAGGAUUAUCUACAGACGAAGGAGCCAACAGGCUCGAGAUCUUUGGACCCAACAAAUUGGAAGAGAAGAAGGAAAGCAAGUUUCUCAAGUUUCUUGGGUUUAUGUGGAAUCCGCUGUCAUGGGUCAUGGAAGCUGCAGCUAUUAUGGCUAUCGCGUUGGCGAAUGGUAGUGGAAAGCCUCCAGAUUGGCAAGAUUUCGUUGGUAUUAUCUGCUUGCUCGUGAUUAACUCCACCAUUAGUUUUGUUGAAGAGAAUAAUGCUGGAAAUGCUGCUGCAGCACUUAUGGCUGGUCUGGCUCCCAAAACCAAGGUUCUUAGAGAUGGUCGAUGGAGUGAGCAGGAUGCUGCUAUUCUGGUUCCUGGUGACAUAAUCAGUAUCAAACUAGGAGAUAUUGUGCCUGCUGAUGCUCGUCUUCUUGAGGGCGAUCCCUUAAAGAUUGAUCAAUCUGCCCUCACAGGAGAAUCGCUUCCAGUGACCAGGCAUCCUUAUGACGAAGUUUUCUCUGGUUCUACCUGUAAACAAGGUGAACUUGAAGCUGUGGUCAUUGCUACUGGAGUUCAUACUUUCUUUGGGAAGGCUGCACAUCUGGUUGAUAGCACCAACCAAGUUGGGCACUUUCAGAAAGUUCUCACAGCAAUUGGAAACUUUUGCAUCUGUUCCAUUGCUGUUGGAAUGAUUGUUGAGAUCAUAGUCAUGUACCCAAUUCAACACAGGAAGUACAGGAAUGGAAUUGACAAUCUCCUGGUUCUCUUAAUUGGAGGCAUUCCUAUUGCUAUGCCCACAGUCCUUUCUGUCACGAUGGCUAUUGGAUCACACAGACUGUCACAGCAGGGUGCCAUCACCAAGAGAAUGACAGCUAUAGAAGAGAUGGCUGGAAUGGAUGUUCUUUGCAGUGAUAAGACAGGAACACUGACCCUCAACAAGCUGACUGUUGAUAAAAAUUUAAUCGAGGUUUUCGCUAAAGGCAUGGAUAAAGAUUUUGUGCUACUUUGUGCCGCAAGAGCUUCCAGGACAGAAAACCAAGAUGCCAUUGAUGCAGCAAUAGUUGGAACCCUAGCUGAUCCCAAGGAGGCUCGAGCUGGAAUUAAAGAGGUGCAUUUCUUUCCAUUCAAUCCUGUGGACAAGAGGACUGCCUUAACAUUCAUUGAUGCUGACGGAAACUGGCAUAGAGCUAGUAAGGGUGCCCCUGAACAGAUCUUGACCCUGUGCAAUUGCAAGGAAGAUCUUAAAAAGAAGGUUCAUGCUAUUAUUGAUAAAUUUGCAGAACGUGGAUUGAGAUCAUUGGGUGUUGCAAGACAGGCAGUGCCGCAGAAAUCAAAAGAUAGCGCUGGUGGGCCUUGGGAGUUUGUUGGUUUGUUGUCGCUGUUUGAUCCUCCCAGGCAUGACAGUGCAGAGACUAUACGCAGGGCACUUAACCUUGGUGUAAAUGUCAAGAUGAUUACUGGUGAUCAACUUGCUAUUGCAAAGGAGACUGGACGGAGACUGGGAAUGGGGACAAAUAUGUAUCCCUCUGCUGCUUUACUAGGUCAAAACAAAGACUCGUCAAUUGCUUCACUUCCUGUAGAUGAGUUAAUUGAGAAGGCUGACGGGUUUGCUGGAGUGUUUCCUGAGCACAAAUAUGAAAUAGUAAAGAAGUUACAGGAGAAGAAACAUAUUUGUGGUAUGACUGGAGAUGGUGUCAAUGAUGCCCCUGCUCUGAAGAAGGCUGAUAUAGGAAUAGCAGUUGCUGAUGCAACAGAUGCCGCACGAGGUGCUUCUGACAUUGUGCUUACUGAACCUGGGCUUAGUGUCAUCAUAAGUGCAGUCUUAACGAGUAGAGCAAUUUUCCAGAGGAUGAAGAAUUACACAAUAUAUGCAGUCUCUAUAACAAUCCGUAUUGUGUUUGGAUUCAUGUUUAUUGCUUUGAUAUGGAAAUUCGACUUUUCACCCUUCAUGGUUUUGAUCAUUGCCAUCCUGAAUGACGGCACUAUCAUGACAAUCUCCAAGGAUAGAGUAAAGCCUUCACCAUUGCCUGAUAGCUGGAAGCUAAAGGAGAUCUUUGCCACUGGCAUUGUGCUUGGAGGUUAUUUGGCAUUGUUGACUGUUAUAUUCUUUUGGUUAAUGAAGGAUACAGACUUUUUCCCGGAUAAAUUUGGAGUAAGACCUAUUAGGGAUAGUCCUGAUGAAAUGAUGGCCGCUCUUUAUCUGCAAGUGAGUAUUGUGAGCCAGGCACUCAUCUUCGUUACUAGAUCACGCAGCUGGUCCUUCGUCGAACGUCCUGGUUUCUUGUUGCUUGGUGCUUUCCUAAUUGCACAACUGAUUGCAACUUUGAUAGCAGUAUAUGCAAACUGGGGUUUUGCAAGAAUAGAAGGAUGUGGAUGGGGAUGGGCUGGUGUCAUUUGGAUAUACAGUGUUGUCUUCUAUUUCCCUCUUGACAUAAUGAAAUUUGGCACACGUUAUGCCUUAAGUGGAAAAGCAUGGAACAACAUGAUAGAGCAAAGGGUUGCUUUCACCACCAAGAAAGAUUACGGAAAAGAGGAACGAGAAGCUCAAUGGGCUCACGCUCAGAGAACUUUACAUGGACUUCAACCACCAGAAGCCACUAACAUCUUCAAUGACAAGAACAGUAAUUAUAGGGAACUAUCUGAGAUUGCUGAACAGGCCAAGAGACGAGCUGAAGUUGCCAGACUCCGAGAAUUGCACACUCUAAAGGGCCAUGUUGAGUCAGUGGUGAAGCUAAAGGGCUUGGAUAUUGACACAAUUCAACAGCAUUAUACAGUUUAAGAAGCUGUACAUGCAUCACCUGAGAUGGGAAAAGGGCCAUAUCCAACAAGCCUUGCAUGAAUUGAGAAGAAUAGAGAAGAGAGAAGGCCCUGAUAGUAUUUUCAAAAACUUAAAAUGUUGUAGACAUAGUUGGAACACUUUGUGUCAUAAAUUCCAACAGUAGCUUAUAUAUAUCAGUUUUCUUUUCUUAAUUUACGACGUUUUUCAAGUGAACCUCAAAAAGGGCUCAAUGUAAUUGCCCUUUUGCUUCAAAGUGCAUAAUUUUUCUGCAAUAGUCCUUCCCGGCUAUUGCAAGAUUUGUGCAAUCUUUCUUCCAUUGUAUGUAAAGGUUGUUCCUGCCUCAGGCAUUUUCGCAAUCCAAUAAGAGCUUUUUACCAUA